AUGGCGAGCGCAACGCAAAACCCUCCCAGUUCGACGUAUGAGCGACAUCCCUCUUGCGCACACCGAGGUCACGAUGCUAAUAUAUUUGAACGCAGAAUCUACGUCAAGAACCUCGAAGAGCGGAUAAAGGUCGACGCACUGAAAACCGCACUGACCGAGAUUUUCUCCGAGUUUGGCACCAUCGUCGACCUCGUCGCGAAGACCAACCUCAAAGCGAAAGGCCAGGCAUUCAUUGUCUUCGACAAACCUGAAGCUGCAGCCGCGGCGAUCGAAGAAGUCAACGGCUUCGAGCUUUUCGAUAAGCCCAUGCAACUAGAGUUCGCACGGACUAGGUCCGAUGCCACUGUCCUGAGAGAAGACGGGGAGCAAGGUCUCGAGAAGUGGAAGAGGGCGAGACUUGCAGAAAAAGAGAGGAAGCAGGCGUUGGAGGCAACACAACAGAAAUUGAAGCGGCCGGCACCAGCUGCUGGACCGCAGGAUCCGUCUGGUCUGGCCGCGAGACCCGUCAAAGCUGUCAAAGGUGCGGGUCUCAAGGCCUCUGGCACGAAUAAUGCUGCGAUCAUACCGGACGAGUACUUGCCUCCGAACAAGAUUUUGUUCCUGCGCGAUCUCCCGGACAGCUACGAUGCCGAUGGUUUGUCGAGGAUAUUCAGCCGAUUCGAAGGUUUCAAGGAGGUCAGAAUGGUGCCCGGGAGAAAAGGCAUCGCAUUCGUGGAAUACGAAGCGGAGGCUGGUGCCAUCAGUGCAAAGGAGGCCACCGCGGGGAUGCAGCUUGGUGACGAGGGAAAAGGUAUCAGAGUCACUUAUCAACGAGCUUAA